UUUGAUGGUCUUUUUCUAACAGGCUUCACUGAAAACAGAUCCUGCAAGUUCCAGGUGCCUACGCUGGAAACUUGGAGAUCCUGCUUCCUGCUUCCCAGGCCACAGUUGUGGGGAACUUGGGGUGAAGCAGGGAAGUUUCUGUAUUCAGCUGCCCAGGCAGAGGAGAAUGGGGUCUCCACAGCCUGAAGAAUGAAGACACGACAGAAUAAAGACUCAAUGUCAAUGAGGAGUGGACGGAAGAAAGAGGCCCCUGGGCCCCGGGAAGAAUUGAGAUCGAGGGGCCGGGCCUCCCCUGGAGGGGUCAGCACGUCCAGCAGUGAUGGCAAAGCUGAGAAGUCUAGGCAGACGGCCAAGAAGGCGCGAGUAGAGGAAGCCUCCACCCCAAAGGUCAGCAAGCAGGGCCGGAGUGAGGAGAUCUCAGAGAGUGAAAGUGAAGAGACCCAUGCACCAAAGAAGACCAAAACGGAGGUAUCCUGACCAUCUUCUGACUGU